CUUUAACUGGUAAACCUUACGGUUAUUUCUAGAAAGUGUUAACUGAGUAUUCAAUAGAUUAUCUUUAAGCGGGAAGGAAAGCAUGUUUAUUCAACAAAUAUCCAGCGAGAAAACCCAAUUUCUAAGAGAAAAUCCAUUGACUAUACGUGAUGCUAAGGAAAAAAUUGCUUCCACAUUGGGUAUAUACCAAUACUAUGUUGAAGUUGUUAAUCUAGAAGAUGGAAUUAUUUAUGAAAGCAAUAGAGCAACUCAAAGCUUGCCAAAACCUUUACAAAUUAUGGUAGGCAACCCAGAUAGAAAAAUACCAAGUUAUCUAAUAACAACAGAACCCGACAUGAUUGAACAAGAUGCAAACGAUGAGGAGCCAAGACUGAAAAUGUCAUGUGGACACGCAAUAACUCCAGACAAUUUGUUCGGUCAUAUGAAGAACACAUUAAUGUGCGAAGUAAAGCCUGUAGUGUGUUGCCUUACAAAUGGUUGUCAUGCUGAGUGGGAUAUGCGAGAAAUAGUACGAAAAGCCGACAUGACAGACGAUGAGCGAGUAUUCUAUGAAUGCAAAAUUUCCUUCAACACGGUCAACCAAAAAAGUGAAAUCACCUCAGAAUGCCCCGAAUGCGGCCAAUUUUGUCAGCGACAGAUUGAUGUCUUGCCCAUUAGGUGUACGUCAUGUUCUAAAAAGAAGGGUGUAGCCUUUGAUUUCUGCUGGAACUGUAAAUCACCCUGGAUAACAAAUCACCAGUGCAGCAAAAGAGAAUUAGAGGCUUUUCAAAAAAUUCUGAAUGAAGCCCCACGUAAAAGAAUUGAUAUGUCAAACAUAGAGGGAGUGCCAUCAAAAAGACUGUGUCCAAAUGCAUCUUGCAGAUAUCUUAUUGAACACUUGCAGGCUUGUAAAACCAUGACUUGCACUAAAUGCAAGACUGUGUUUUGCUUUUCCUGUCUUAAAGUUGCCGUUAAUGGUCAAUUGCAAUGUGGAAACUAUAAUCAACAGUGUAUUGUAGCUCCAGUUCAAAAUGUUUUUGAGGGGAAUUAAGUUAUAAGAGCAAAGCAAUUGUAUAAAAUUUCCCAACUUAAUGCUUUGGAAAAGUGUGUUCCUAAUAUUUUGUUACAUAUUUUGGACCCAUUUGUUCAAUUAGAUUUUUGCUUAUUUGCAUAACUGCAAGUUUAAUCAGGGGUGUUUGCGAUAAAAAUGCCUACUUUUACUUUAAGUACAAGACGUAAUUGUUUCAAGUCUGUAUACUGUGUAUUCUGAGUUAAAUCUUUUGAGCUGCGUGAUUUUAAAUGUUAUUUUGACAAAAAAUGUGCAAUAAAAAAAUAAUUGCUAAUAUUUACUAAGCAAAUUCACAUCUGGCCAUCUUCUUUCGUGAGGUAUUUCAACACGUGGUAUUAUAAUGAUAUUUUUUUCAAUUAUUCCGUGUUUAAAAUCUUUUAAGCUAAGAUUUUAAAUCUUUCUGUUUUCUCAAGUAAAGGGAGUGAAUAGAUGUUAUAUGAGUGUUAUAAGAACUUACAAUAAAAUGU